AGAAUAACUAAAAUGCCCUUGGUAUGCAAUCCAAAGUUUGUUACCGGCCUUAAUUGUCCCCAAACCCAACCUAGUAAACCCUAAACCCUAAAUCCUCAACCUCCAUUCUCCCUUCGCUUCCUUCUGUCUCUCUGAUCCCGCGCCAUCGCGUUUCUGUGUUCACAGCUUCAGUCUCUUUCCUUCCUCCCGUCGUCGACACCCGUCGCGCGGUCUUGUCCGUUGCUUCGGCUGCGUCGUUCUUCCGUCGUUUCCCCAGUUCGGUAGGUCAUAUGAUCCCUUGCUCUGGUGUGACAAUAAGUGUGACUACAAAUUAAACAAGUUCUUGCAAGAUGUCAGAUGGGCCUGGACUUGAGUCUCUUGUUGAUCAAACAAUUUCAGUCAUCACAAAUGACGGGCGGAAUAUAGUGGGAAUCCUGAAGGGUUUUGACCAGGCUACAAACAUUAUUCUGGAUGAGUCUCACGAACGAGUUUAUUCUACCAAGGAAGGUGUCCAGCAACUUGUUCUAGGCUUGUACAUCAUUAGGGGUGACAACAUAAGCGUUGUUGGUGAACUAGAUGAAGAUUUGGAUUCAAACCUGGACUUGAAAAACCUUAGAGCACAUCCCUUAAAGCCUGUUAUUCACUGAAGUGAAGUUGAAUGCCAUUGGUUGUGACUUGCUUGGUAUGAGGGCUUCAAAGAAUUUGUAUGAAUGAAUAUAUUGUUUACAACAUAAUGUCUAUCCAAAGAAUUUAAAUCUCUUGUAUCUUGAUGUUCAGAACACAAAUAUGAGCUUCUUUUUUAUUUUUA